AUGGCUCCGAUCAAUGUCCUCAUCGUUGGCGGCGGCAUAGCUGGCCCAGCCGCAGCAUUCUGGCUAGCGAAAGCUGGUCACAAUGUCACCAUUAUCGAGCGCGCUCCUGGUCUCCUUAAAGCUGGACAAGGAAUCGAUAUCGAAGGCCCAGCUAGAGACAUCGUUGAGAAGAUGGGGCUCCUGGAAGAGAUGAAGGCCAGAGCCACGAACGAAGGAGGCUUUGCGUUUGCAGACGAUGACGGCAAACCUAUCGCAGCGAUUGCAGGAGGUCUCACGCAGGAAAUUGAGAUCAUGCGCGGAGACAUGUGCGAGGUCUUGUGCAAUGCUGCGGACAAAUUCGAAAAUGUCUCAUUUCGAUACAAGACCAAGAUCACCGAGCUUCAACAAACCGAAAACCAGGUCGAAGUGUUCUUUGAUGAUGGGACCCAGGGCAUGUAUGAUGCAGUGAUCGGAGCUGAUGGCAUGAGAUCGAGAACUCGUGAUCUGGCAUUCGACGAGAAGACGAAAGCCAAUGCCUUCAGAGCUCGCGACCACUAUUGUGCAUAUUUCUCCAUCCCGGCAGAGGAAAGUGACAGGCCCAACUCACGCUGGCAGCAUGCAACCCGCGGACGAAGCAUUCUUCUUCGACCUCACACCGACACAAUAUCUUCAGCGUAUCUGAUGCAGAUGGACAAGUCCGAUGAGCUAGCAGCAGCAUGUCGUGCCCCCAAAGACGUGCAGAAGAAAGCAAUAGCCAAGACCUUUGAAGGUGUAGGCGGCUUGGCACCACGACUUGUCAAAGGCAUGCUCGAGAGCGAGAACUUCUACUACGAUUCGAUAUCGCAGAUCAAACUGGACAAAUGGUCGGAAGGUCGCGUGGCUCUGGUUGGCGAUGCAGCGUACGCCCCUUCCGCAAUCUCUGGACAAGGAGUCAUUCUCUCAGUCUUGGGAGCGUACACGAUUGCAGGCGAGCUAUCUGAGAACCCUCAGGAUUCAGUCGCAGCCUUCAGGGCGUAUGAGGCCAGGCUUCGGACGCAUGUGGAAAAGAUGCAAUACAUUCCAUUGAAUGGAAAGGCUCCCAGGCUAGCUAAUCCACUUACCAGUCUCGGGAUCUGGGGCGCACGUUUAGCUUUCAGGAUCAUUGCCUGGACUGGAAUUUGGAAGCUCUUCAAUCUCAAGGGGCGGAAGUAUACCCUGCCUGAGUAUCCGAACAUGACCAAAGUAGGUUCUCAAAAGACAUGA